UCUGUCUCCGCAGGUCCGGGGGGGGCCAUGGGGGGGGUCCCGCUGCCCCUCCCCCUCCUGGUGCUGCUGCCGGCGGUGGGGGCGGGGCUGCAGCUGGACCUGGCCCGCUGCCGCUUUGCCCUGGGCAUGCAGGACGGUUCCAUCCCCGACAGCCGCCUCUCCGCCUCCAGCGCCUGGUCUGACUCCACCGCUGCUCAGCAUGGCCGGUUGGGUCGCAAUGACGGGGACGGCGCUUGGUGUCCCGCCGGCCCGGUGUUCCCGGACGAAGAGGAGUUCCUGGAGGUGGACCUGGGUCACCUCCACGUGGUGACGUUGGUGGGGACGCAGGGACGGCACGCCGGCGGUCACGGCAAAGAGUUUGCCAGCACCUAUCGCCUGCGGUACAGCCGCGACCGGCGCCGGUGGCUGCCAUGGCGCGACCGCUGGGGAGUCCAGGUGAUCGGUGGCAAUGAGGACCCUCAGGGGGUGGUGCUGAAGGAUCUGUCCCCCCCCCCGGUGGCGGUGGCACUGCGGGUUCACCCCCGCGCCCCCCGCGCGAUGAGCGUCUGCCUGCGGCUGGAGCUCUACGGCUGUCCGUGGGAUGCCGGGCUGCUGUCCUACACGGCGCCGCGGGGACACGCGAUGUCCCUUCACCCCGCGACCGUCGUCCUCAAUGACUCCACCUACGACGGUGACAGCGCCGGCCCGCUGCUCUAUGGGGGUCUGGGCCAGCUGGCCGAUGGGGUUUUGGGGCUGGAUGACUUCACACGGAGCCGUGAGCGACGGCUCUGGCCGGGCUAUGAUUACGUGGGCUGGCGGAGACCCCCCGGCCCCCGGCCCCAUGUGGAGCUCGAGUUUGAGUUUGAGCAGCUGCGGACGUUCCGUGCCAUGCAGGUUCACUGCAACAACAUGCACACGCGGGGGGUGAGCAUCUUCACGGCGGCGGAGUGUCGCUUCAAGCACAGCCUGGAAGCCCCCUGGGAGCCCCCCAACGCCCCCCACCACCCCGAGGGGGCAACCGGGGACCCCCGUGCCCGUUGGGUCACCGUGUCGUUAGGGGGACGCCGGGCACGCUUCGUUAAGUGUCGUUUCUUCUUUGCUGGUGAAUGGAUGCUCUUCAGCGAGGUCACCUUCGUGUCCGAUGUGGUGGAAGAAGCAAUGGGGGGCAGCGGGUGGCCCCCGGCCGCCCCCUCUGAACCCCCCCUGGAAGCCACGGCCACCAACCUCAGCACCUCGGCCCCCUGGGAGCCCAAGGCUGGGCAACCAGUGGCCAAAGAGGAUCACAACCACACGUCUAUCCUGAUUGGCUGCCUGGUGGCCAUCAUCCUGCUCCUAUUGGCUGUCAUCGUCCUCAUCCUCUGGCGGCAUCACUGGAGGAAGAUCUUGGGGAAGGCGCAGCGCCGACCAUCGGAAGAGGAGCUGAGGGUGCAGCUGUCGGUGCCGGGUGACACCGUUGUCAUCAACAACACCACGGGGGUGGGCCGGGGGCCGCCACGCUAUGAGAGGAUCCCACCCGGCCCGGGGGAGUACCAGGAGCCCACCCGGCCCCCCCUGCCCCCCGUGCCCCCCGUGCCGGCACCCUUCGCCAACCCGGCCUAUCGCCUGCUGCUGGCCACCUACGCUCAGCCAAUGGGAGGGCUCGCCUGCACCCCGCCCGACGGAGCCAAGCCAAUCAACACCGACGGUGCAAUGGAGCCCGAGGUGGGGGCGGGGGCCUACGCUGAAGCUGACGUCACCGGAGGCUCCGCCUACGCCCUGGCUGGCCCCGCCCCCUUCCAUGGCCCCGCCCCCAGCCCCGCCCUCCCCGCCUUCCCCCGCGGCCUCCUCCGCUUCCGGGAGAAGUUGGGGGAGGGGCAGUUCGGAGAGGUGCUGCUGUGCGAAGUUGAGGACCCCCAGGAGCUGCCCCCCACCUCCCGGCCCCCCGAACUGCCCCACGGCCGCCCCCUAUUGGUGGCCGUCAAAGUGCUGCGCCCCGACGCCACCAAGAAUGCCAGGAGGGACUUCCUGCAGGAGGCACGCACCCUGGGCCGCCUGCGGGACCCCAACAUCGUGCGGCUCCUGGGGGUUUGCUCGGGGGAGGGGGGACCCCUCUGCAUCAUCACGGAGUAUAUGGAGCACGGCGACCUGCACCGCUUCCUGGGGGGGCCCUGCGGACCCACCCUCAGCCUCCGCACGCUGCUCCACGUGGGGGCUCAGAUCGCUUCCGGGAUGCGGUUCCUUUCCCGGCUGAACUUCGUGCACCGGGACCUGGCGACCCGGAACUGCCUGGUGGGCGACGGCUUCACCGUCAAAGUGGCCGAUUUCGGCAUGAGCCGCCACCUCUACGGGGCUCAUUAUUACCGCGUGAGGGGCAGAGCGCUGCUGCCCAUCCGCUGGAUGGCCUGGGAGUGCAUCCUGCUGGGCACCUUCACCCCCGCCAGCGACGCGUGGGCUUUUGGGGUGACGCUGUGGGAGGUGCUGACGCGGUGCCGGGAGCAGCCCUAUGGGGCACUGAGUGACGAGCAGGUGAUCGCCAACGCCGGCCGGCACUGCCGGGGCCAUGGGGAGUUCCUGCCGUGCCCCCCCGGCUGCCCCCCGGCGCUGCACGCGGUGAUGCGGCGCUGUUGGGCGCGCGAUGCGGCGGAGCGGCCGUCCUUCGGCGUCCUGCACCGCCUGCUGCGCGAGCUGGGAUGAGCCUUCGGCCUCGGCGAGCUUCCUCUUCCUCCUCCGCUUCCGCCUCCACUUCCCCUUCCGCCUCCGACACUUCCUCCUCCUCCACGUCCUCCUCUUCUUCCUCCUCCUCCACUUCCUUCUCCUCCUCUUCCUCCUCUUCU